AUGAACAACACCCCGCCCUCAACACCAUUUCCCGUCCCAGGUUUCGCUGGGGCAGACAACAAUGCCAGCCCAGCAGAAUUCCUCAAGUUCCUGCGGUCUCUCACAACCCAGUACCUUGGGGACAACUCUCCCCGGAUUCUCGCUGCAAAUAAGGCCGCAUGGGUGACAAUAGUCAAUGGGCUGACUGAUCACUUCCUCGGUUCAUUCCCGCUACCCGACAUUGUAUCGUGGAGCGCCAUGCAAGAGAGAGUCGAGGUUGCAGAGGUAACAUUAGAAGCUAUAAAGCGCGUCUUCGAACGCGUAGAAGGCAUAUACAACGAUUCGGAGGAACUCGUACGAAAGCUGUUUGCAAGAUUGCUCGAUCUGUGUCGGGUACUCGACGUAUGGACAGAACCAGAAGUUGUUUGCGAGGAAGCCAUGUUUUCACCAGCACAUAUGAAGGAAAAGGUCUCCCUUCUUCUCAUCGCGGUUCUCCGUGGUCUUGGUGAUAACGCUCCAGCUCCUUCAGAGCAGCAUUCGGCCUCAUGGAAGGUACUGCGUGAAGUCUUGGUGGAAUCCCUCGGCGUUUGCAACGAUCUCAUUACACCCUUGACACCUCUUACAAAUGUUGCUGUGGUCGCUCUUUUUGGAAAGCCGCGAAUUCUUGUUGCUAAAGAUGAUCCCGAACUGGAGGUAGAAGGAAAUGCGCUGAACAUAACUAUCUUCCCGCUCUCGCGAAUCGCCUCCUUUUUGGUUGUGGUGCUAGAGGUUGUGGUGCAAGUAAUCGUCCUUCCUCUCAAAUGCCAGUGGUUCUUAGCAGAUAUCCGUCGAGCGGUAAUCGAGCUUACGCGCUCUCUUUUCACUCAUUUGACGGACUCCAGUUGUCCAACUACCUCUACGCUUCGGACUGCGUCGAUCUUGAGGACACUUUCGGUAACAGCGCCGCUGCGUCAAAUACCUGAAUGUCGGGCAGCUUUAGGCUGUCUUCCAGAAUGUCUCCUUCAGUUACGCUUGGGUUCUGCGCUGAAAUUAGAUUGGGAUGUGGCCGACCGUUCCCUUGCUGCCAUUUUCGCAAAGGAACAAAAUUUACCAGUCUCACGGGCAGUGAUACAGGCUAUAUGCUUCAAAAUGGCAAAUUAUCACUGGGACGCUCCUGACAAAGAAUUUUUGGGGCUCUUGUGGGCGUUUCUUCGGAGCGCCCUUCCGCAGCUAGAAACCACCCUCCUCACGACAUUGCGAGAAACUAUGGAAUCGGUUAUCCCCAGCCCAGAGCGUAUAUCGUUUCUUGAAGAGCUUUCGAAAUAUCCACAAGAGCAUGAAACUUCCAACAAAUCCAAAGCAAAUGAAGGAAGGUUAAUCAUACAACCCCAUGUAUGGCGUCAACGGGUGCAAGACAGUGUUCAGGACAUCAUAUACCCCGAUGUAUUAUCGUGGAUGGACGAUGACGAGGGCUCAUCUGUUCCUGACUUAUGUCAGAGAUCGCUCUAUGAAAUCCAGGUUAGAUUCGAACAACGACCUUUACAAUCAACAACGGCCAUUGCUCGCUCUGGUCUCUUGGAACGAAUCUCUGCACUACCGUGUCUCCUCGCCCAAUGUGACCAAUCUAACUGUUUGGAACAAAAUGGCAAUAACCAAUACAUAAUGGCGCAAGUCUAUGUUCCAUUGGUCUCGCGCCUCCUGAAAGGCACGGAUGACGAGGUUACCGUUGAAAUCCGUCGCAAAACUUAUAGUGCCCUCUCGCACAUCUUCAAGCACCACUCCGGAACGCAAGACCUUACCCUGCUGUGGGGCUUGUUGCAUAGAGGCUUGAUCGACCCUGACCGCAACGUUCGACUCAGUGCCGGAUCUGCUCUCAGUAGUCUUGUCCAACUGUAUGGCACACAUGGCAAAGAAGGGUACGAUGUUACCGAACCUAUUUUCGCACAACUAUACCAGCAAUUCGAAACAUCAAAAAAUCCUGUCCGAGAAACGUUGCUCCCCGCCGUGGGUGCUAUGGGAAAGACAAAUAAUGCAGGCAUUCUUGGCCAAGUACUUUGUCUCCUGAUUGCGCAACUUGGGCGACAGAACCCUGUUAUUAAAGGAAUGGCCUGUAUGCAUAUCCUCGCCAUAGCAAAGUAUCACAACAAGACACCCUACUCACUCGUGCUACCUUACUUAGAUCAGGCCGCUCCUUUUAUCAUCCAACGUCUACCAAUGCAACCGGUUCUUUUAACUGAAGCCUGUAGGCUUAUGUCGAUUGCCCCCGCCGAUUUCAUUAUGAUUACCCUGCCGCACACGUUGCCUGAAGUGUUUGCAACAGGUGAUCAAAAGGUUCUGGAUGCAAUUACCAAGGAAUUGUCCACCAGAGCCCCAGCCUUGCUGCUCAAGCACUCGCAUACAAUCCUUGCACACAUAUUCAUGCUUCGUAGUCAAUCGGCGACCACCAAAGCUCUGAACUUCGUUGUCAAAGUUGUCAACGAUGCCUCAAGAUCGAAGAUUGACAUCCAAAGCAUUGUCAAAAGUUGCGUCGUUCCUCUUCUGGCUGAGUUAGUUAUGGUCAUGGGUGAUGAUAAUCAGGACGUCGCUCGACAGGGAGUUGCCGCUUUGAAGAAGGUCGAAGGCGUUUUAACUUCCUCCAACAAUCUUUCUCCAACGCCUGAUCUAGGAGGGUUUCUGAAAAAUUAUAUGCUAGGCCUAAUCUCAGAUAUCAAUGACAUAUUACAGGAUGUCCAAGGAAAGAAGCCUCUGGCUUUGAAGCAAAAAAUCCUCAGAAGUUUAGGCGCACUUGUGGAAUUGAUAGGUCCAGCAAUUAACAACGUUGCUCCGCAGAUUAUGGCGACCUUUCAGACGAUGGUCACCAUACCAGAACUCUCCGAAGUCACUUUAGAGAGCUGGUACAAGUUUUUGACCACGCUAGCACCCACGGAACUUGGGUCGCAUGUUGGCCCAACCAGUGCCGCCUUUGUCAUGUCGUGGCCCGCAUUUUCUACACACUGUCGUGACAUCGCCGUUCAAACCCUGGAGUACAUUCUGUGCACAAUGGGUGAAACCCUGAACCUCUACUUGAACGACGUUGUCGAUCUUUCAGUCAUUGAUGAAUUGCAUCCACUUGCCGACCAGCUAAAGGUUCUCCGAGGAAAAUCAUCGCCGAAGGAGGAAGUCCUUAGAAUCUUGAAGCAAUCCUCAAGCGACAACCUGGCCGUUGCAAUGCAGGCUCUGCGGGAGUUGAAGAACUUCAUGAUGAAAGACCACAAAGAUUUCAUUCGCCAAAUAACAUCUGGAGAUGCCUUCGAUCCCUUGGUCGGCCACGUAUUGAACGCGCUCUUCUCUGCCGCCUGUCGGGACAACGGAGAUGGCACUGAGAGCCUUCGGCUUUUGGCCUUUGAGUGUAUCGGGGUUCUAGGUGCUCUAGAUCCGGAUCGUUGCGAAAUAAAUUAUAGAAAUACCAACAUGGUCGUUCUCAAGAACUUCACGGAUGACGUCGAGUCCAUUUUGUUUGCCCUUCAUCUCAUCCAGGAUCUCUUGGUCAGCGCAUUCCGAUCCACUAGCGACAUCAAAUACCAAAGCCAUCUCGCUUACAGUAUUCAAGAACUCUUGAAGUUUUGUCAGUUCACUCCAGCACUAGUUGCGACUGUUGGUGCUGGUUCUAUAUCUGUCAAAAUUCGCAACAGGUGGAACAACCUCCCCAAGCACGUCCUCGAAACUGUCACGCCUUUGCUGGAAGGACGCUUUACAUUGAAUCAAAGUACUACCGUGGCAAUCCAGCACCCUGUCUACCCGACACAGUCAACAUAUCGAGAGUGGAUUCAACUGUGGACGACUCAUCUCAUCAGCCGGGUAUCCGGUAAAACCGCGCAGAGGAUCUUUGGCGUUUUCCGUUCUGCUGUUCGGAGUAAAGAUGUGGUCGUUGCCCACCACCUUCUUCCUCAUUUAAUCUUGAAUAUUCUGAUAUCGGGUGACGAUGACGACGCUCAGGCAAUACGCACGGAAAUGUUAACCGUUCUUGAAGAUCAGGUCGACAUAGAAAGCAAUUCAACAUCGGACAAAAAAUUGCUGAGCGCCCAGGCUGUCUUCAUGCUUCUCGACCAUCUGAAUAAAUGGAUUCGUGUCGUACGACAGGACAUCAACUCGAAGAAAAACGAGAGCAAACGAGCACGACCAGAGCGAAUCAGUUUCCAGAUAGAAGACCAACUGCUGCGACUGGACUCUAUCCUCUCCAGCAUCGACCAAACUUUAAUGGCCAAGGCUGCAUUCCAGUGCAAAGCAUAUGCCCGCUCCCUCAUGAGCUUUGAGCAGCAGAUUCUAACCCUUCAAGAACGCAAGGCCAAUCCGAAAGACCUUCAGGAAUAUUACGAGAAGCUGCACGAAAUCUAUUCCUACUUGGACGAGCCCGAUGGGAUGGAAGGCAUUUCUACCUUGAUUUUAUCCCCUUCUCUAGAGCAUCAGAUUCGAGAGCAUGAGAGCACCGGGAGGUGGACAUCCUCCCAAAGCUGCUGGGAAGUUCGUUUGCAAGAAUCACCUGAUAAUGUAGAGUUUCAUUUAGGAUUGCUUCGCUGCCUUCGAAACCUAGGGCACUACGACACCUUGCGAACGCAUGUCACUGGUGUAUUGACCAGACAUCCGGAAUGGGAAGGCGUUCUAUCUGGAUUUCAAGUCGAAAGUGCCUGGAUGGUUGGAGCUUGGGACGACGUUCAACGAUUGGCAGGUCGCGUCGAUGCACCGACAUCAUCCAUGGUGAUAGCUCGUGUGCUUUUAGCCAUGCGGACGGAAGAUGCAAACAACAUCACAGAAGCCUUGGCCCAAGCACGAAUUGUAAUGGGCGCUCCUAUUACCGCGUCCGGUGUCAAGGGAUAUCGUCGUUCAUACGAAGCCGUGUUAGAUUUGCACAUGACACAUGAGCUCGAGGUAAUCUAUAACAUCGCUUCCUCACUUCCUCCUGGCUCGCAGAACGUCAUCAAGCAAGAACGUCAGCGGGCCAUCCUAGCAUUGUCGAAGAACCUUGCGGGUCGAUUGGACUUUACCCUUCCUACGUUCCGCAUUCGAGAGCCAAUUUUGAGCAUGCGACGGACUGCAUUUGCACUAGUCAAAAACCCUCGUCUUGGAUUAGGUAGAGAGAUCGGAAAAGCCUGGCUUGCCAGCUCCAAGAUUGCAAGAAAGGCCAAGCAAUGGCAAACGGCGUAUAGUGCCACCCUUCAGGCCCAGCAAGCCAAAAUGCCAUGGUCAUUUAUUGAAAGUGCGAAGCUUCUCAAAGAAACGGACCACCUACGAGCGUUGAACGACUUGGAAAGCUCGACAAAAAUGCUUGGGCUUUUUGAUGACGUUGUUGACCUCACCACAGAUGCGGACUGGGAGAGGAUGAAAGCCAAGAUUCAAGUCAUACGAGCUCGUUGGAUGCAUGAGACGGAUAGGUUCGAAAUGAGCGAAAUUUUCAGUAUGCUUCAGGAUGCUGCAGGGUGGCAGAAAGAGUGGGAGAGUGGGCACUACCACCUGGGUCAUUUUCACGACGAAUGUUUCAAGGGACUAUCGCUUGCUGACCAAAAGACGAGAGGCUUGAAGAUGAACUUCUGGACUGUUCGUUCGUUUUCAAGAGCCAUCAUGCAUGGCUCCAAAUACGUGUAUCAAACCGUACCGCGGUUGUUGACUAUCUGGUUGGAUAUGGGCGAAAACAAGAUCGCGUGCCAGGAUGACAAUUUCAAGAAAAUGACGGACAACGUGUCGCGAUGCUUCCAAGAGGCACCUGUGUUCAAGUGGUAUACCGCCUUCCCGCAAAUCGUCUCUCGGGUAGGCCACGAGAACCCUGAAGUGUACAGAAUUCUGGCGAAGUUGAUCGUCCUCGUGCUCGAGACAUAUCCCAAGCAAGCCCUAUGGCUGUUUACUGCGGUCGUAAAAUCUACCAAGUCGAACCGAAAAAACAGGGGCAAAACUAUCCUCAACCAACUUCGGAGCAACCCUCACAAGUCAAGAGAACGGCUAUCCAAACUAAUCGGUGAAUCACUUGCUAUGACAGAUGAGCUGUUGGCCCUGUGCGAUUCACAUGUAGACGAUAACAAGAACACGCUGAGCAUGGCGAAGGACUUUCCGAAGCUCAGUAGCCUCGGUCGUUCUGAUUUGAUUAUACCACUGCAAGAAUCGUUAAUUGCGACUCUGCCCCCUGCGUCUACUGAGGACUCGAAGCACCAGCCUUUCCCUGUGGAUGCUCCAACAUUUAAUGAAUUUGCGGAUGAGAUCGAGGUCAUGCGCUCUCUAGCCAAACCAAGGAAGAUAUCAGUUCGUGGUAGCAAUGGGCAGGUGUACACGUUCCUGGGCAAGCCAAAGGACGACCUGAGGAAGGAUGCGCGAUUGAUGGAUCUGAACGCCAUCAUUAACAAGCUGUUGAAGAGGGAUUCGGAGUCUCGACGAAGGCAACUGCAUAUUCGAACAUAUGGCGUCGUGACAUUGAACGAAGAGUGCGGUUUCAUCCAAUGGGUGCCCAACACGGCCCCCAUUCGUCCGAUCCUGCUCAAGUUGUACGACGCGAGGCGGAUCAAGAGCUGGAGCGGGGAGAUGGCCCAAGUAUUCGCAAGGGUCAAGGACACGAACAACCCGAUCAACGAAAAGGCAUGCGCGGACCUCUUUGAGAGCAAGAUUUUGUCCGUGUUCAAGCCCGUCUUCCAUGAAUGGUUCAUUGAGACCUUCCCUGAACCAACGGCGUGGCUUGCCAGUCGACUUGCAUAUGGGCGGACGGCGGCUGUGAUGUCGAUGGUUGGCUUCAUUCUCGGUCUAGGAGACCGACACUGCGAAAACAUCCUGCUAGACACCAACUCAGGCGAUGUCGUACAUGUCGACUUCAAUUGCUUAUUCGAAAAGGGGAAACUGCUUGAGACGCCUGAAAGAGUUCCGUUCAGGCUGACUCAGAAUAUCAUUGACGGGUUUGGGGUUAGCGGUGUAGAAGGAGUCUUCAGGAUUGCGUGUGAAUCCACUCUACAACUCCUCCGCGACAACAAGGAUUCCUUGAUGAGUGUCCUGGAUGCGUUCGUCCAUGAUCCACUCGUAGAGUGGGAAGACGAGAAACGGAAACUGGACCGCGAGCCCACCACUCGAGCGAAGAACGCAACGAACAAGAGCAAGGAUAAGGAUAAGGACAGGGAUAAGGAUAAGGACCCAGCUGCAGCUGUCCAGACUGCCGCGGCGAAACCGAAGAUAGACAUGCGAGAUCUCGCGAGAGCUGCGCUGAACCCUAUCGAGAAAAAGCUAAAGGGAAUUUAUUCACCGAAUAAUGCCAGUGACAAACAGGAGAGGGAGAGAUCGACGAGCAAUUUGGUGCAGAUGCUCAUCCAGGAGGCGACAGACAAAGCGAAUCUGUCGAGAAUGUACCCUGGUUGGGCACCAUGGCAUUAA